AUGGCUGGCCCAUUCCAGGAACAGACGCGUCAGUUCCAGUCAGUGGCGACAGCGGCCGUUGAAGGCCGUAGUGAGAGCGACGAGGUGCUGUGCCAACAGAGCACGGUAGAGACAGCUAGGCCAGCUGUGAAUGAAUUGGCACAGUCACCGUGUGUGGGCGUCGCAGAAAUUGUUAGCGAGGUCGUUAACGAGGAACAGGUCACUGCUGACCCGACAGACACGAGCACCCAGGUCGAGUCAGGGCUGCGUGCCGAUGCGCAGUGCGAGCUGGACGAUGCAGUUGUGGGCAGUUCGCAGGAUUGUGAGCUGCGUAGCUCAAAGGAAAACAGCUGCAUGGUUCAGGGAUCAGUAAAGCUGUCUGCCAGUCUAGAAAGCCAAAAGAGGGAUGAUUUAGGCACGAAUCAUUCGGACUGUGCGGGUGAGACAGCGAUCGAGACCGACGAGCUGUGUGCCGAUGCACAGCGUGAGCUGGACAAUGCAGUAGAGGGCAGUUCGCAGGAGUGCGAGUUGCCUAGCUCGAAUAAAGACUGCUGCAUUGUUCCAGAGUCGGUAGAGCUGUCCGCCAGUCGGGGCAAAGAGGGAGAUGAUUUAUUAGUAAAUCACUCAGACUGUGUGGGCAAAAUAGUGAUCCGGACCGAGGAGAUAUGUAACGGUCAGCACGAGGCGCGAGCAGAUGACUCAAAAAAUGCCGAGCCAUCUUCUGGGUCACCAGCCAUUCUCUUCCUGACCAGCGGUUGUCAGCGCUGGCCGGUCGAGAUUUUCCGGGCCGCGGAGGAGCUGUUACGUUCGGCGACCAGCGGGGGCAGCGAUCUUGGAAGUACAAACUUGUUUGGUGGAGUCAACGGUACACUGCUCCUGGGCUUCCUGCGGCACCAUCUUGACAUUUUGCUAGACAGCAGCUGCGAGAAGAAGACUGUAUACAAUCUCAAGUCGUAUAUGUACUUUCGGAACUUCAAGGUUCGUGUGCACAAGCUGCAAGCAAAGCAUGAUGGCUACUCUUCGUUCCACAUCGCUGAUGAGAAUCCUGAGCAUGAAAGGUUGUUUGAUGCAGACGUCUGGCCCGAAAUUCAGGCACACCGCCGCCGCCUGAACGCCGCCGCACCAGCACGGAGCUCGCCGUCGCCAAGUGGUGGUGAACAGCAGUGUGACGUUCGCCAGUGUGGUGUGGCUCCGUUGUGCGCGGACAUUAGAGGACCUCGCUGUGGAUGUCCGCGCGCCUCAAGUAGGACGCCCGCCGAGGCAGCCGUAGCAGCAACCGUAGCAGCAGCAGCAGCGGCCGACCGAGCAGCCCUGGGCCCCGUGGCACCGCCAGCCGCCGUCGUGGCGACGCCGCCCAGUCCGCCGAGCCCGACGGCCGCCGCCGUUGUGCAGCAGCCGCCGCAGGCCUCGUCGCUCGUGCUGGCCACCCCGUCCAGCCUGGUGGCGGCCAAGGACUCGCGGUGGCUCCAGCUCGAGGUGUGCCGCGAGUACCAGCGGAACAAGUGCUCGCGCCAAGAUGCCGAGUGCAAGUUCGCCCACCCUCCGCCCAACGUGGAGGUGCAGAACGGACGCGUGAUCGCCUGCUACGACUCCAUCAAGGGUCGCUGUAAUCGAGAGAAGCCCCCGUGCAAGUAUUUCCACCCGCCACAGCAUCUGAAAGACCAGCUGUUGAUCAAUGGACGCAACCACCUGGCAUUGAAGAACGCACUGCUCCAACAGAUGCCACUGCAGGCCAUGCUUCCCGGACAGCUUCCGACGGCGGCCGUGGUAAGUCCCUACUGGUACCUGGGACACAUGCAGAGGCAGCAGCAACUGCAGCAGCAACAGCAGCAGCAACAGCAGCAACAGCAGCAAAGCUACGCGCUCUUCAACGGCUCCCUCGCUUCAGCCAAGGCUACCAGCCCAUAUAUGCCUGCACUGACAACAAUGGCAACAGCAUCUUCAUUUGGACAUUACUUGACGCCUAGUCCUGUUUUGCCUGGCAUGAUGACUGCGGACGCUGUGACGGCCCCUCUAAGCGUUGUGCCAGCUUCACUAGUGUCCCCACAAAAAGUGGCGCGCACUGAUAGACUUGAGGUGUGCCGGGAGUUCCAGCGUGGCACGUGCAAGCGGCCCGAGACGGAGUGCCGCUUUGGGCACCCGCCCGAGCACGUGGCGGUGGACAGCGGGGACGGGGCAGUCACCGUGUGCAUGGACUUCGUCAAGGGCCGCUGCUCUCGGGACCAGUGCCGCUACUUCCACCCUCCCCCGCACCUGCAGGCGCAGCUCAAGGCCACGCAGAGCCGGGCUGGCGCUGCCGCCGCUGCUGCUGCCGCUGCUAUGGCGACAGAGGGAGGAAGCACCGAUGUCGGAUUACAAAUGUACACUCAGCCGGGCCUGGGAGAUCCUUCCGCGAGCAAGAAGCGUCCCCGAGAGUCUGCAGAUGAAGUUGUCCUGUGUUGCUGCCCUGAGUCAUCAUUACCACAUCUGCUUGCACAAGACUUGUUUGACACCCAACAGACUGUCUAUGAGGUGUUUAGGCCUAACAUUGUGUUACUGGACACCCUGCCGGUGUGCCGAGAUUUUAAGUCAGGGCAGUGCAAGAGGCCCCAGUGUCGAUACGUGCACCUUGUUGAAGAGUUUGUCGAGGUGGUGGAAGGGAAGGUGACAGUGUGCCGCGACGCUGCCAAGGGUCGCUGUGCACGACCUCUGUGCAAGUACUACCAUGUGCCGGCGCUGUCCCUGAGCCCGCUCUGACAGCGCCCCCCUAGUCAGGCUUGGGGGCCCCCCUGGUUGCUCGAGGCGCUGUGUUGACAAGACUACUCUUAAAACCCAGGGGAAGAAAGUGGCACACAUGCCAGUCUGCAAAGUAUUUGUUCUGUCAAGUUUUUUUCCUUUGUUUGUUUGUUGUUUUCCAGAUUUUUGACAUACAUACACACACCACCACCACCAUGAACAUACACAUUUAUAAAUAUAUAUAUAUAUAUAUAUUAUAUAUCUAUAUUUUUUGUAAUAUCUGUAAAGUGUUUAUGUAGUGUUUUGUUUUGAGACAAACUUUUAAGGAAGGGCCGUUUUCAAGCGUGCUUUUAAAGUGUCCUAUGAAUUGACAAAUUUUUAAUGAAUUGUUAUAGCACUUAUUUGAACCCUUAGUGCAGACAAUUUAUGAGACAUUUUAACAAUGUAUUUUUCAUUGUGGAUGAAUAUUUGAUUAUAUAGGCCACUGCAAGAUCAUGCGCUUAACAAAUCUUGUUGUGUAAAUACAAGUAAUUACUAAGCAGGUUUUUUUUUUAUUGUAGUUUUAGUGAUCAUUGCUUAACAGGCUACUGCUGUUUAUAGCCUAAAAUUUUUACCACUGGUUCAGUAAUAACGAGGAUGAACAGUGCUGUCGUUAUUGUCAAGUUUUGUUGUUUGUGACUGACAUGCCAAGACCAAAGUCUUUACAAGCUUGAAACAAGGAAGGGGUGGACAAACCCACACCUAUGCAAACAUUACAUCUCUGAAAUGCACUGUCUGUGCAGUAGCAAGGCACAGGAAACUUCUUGGAGCAAAAUUUGUUAUGUAUGCUGCUUUCCUUGUUAGACUUGGUUGUUGUCUGUUCAGACUACCUUCUGACAGAGCUUGUGCAUUUUGUUCACCAUUCUCUCUUUCAUCGGUAGCAUGGAGAACACUGUUUCCAUAGGGGUAAAAGGUCUUUCUGAAUGCAGCUGUGGCCUUUAACCACUUUGCAAAAAACUUAGAGACUACAAUGUGCAAGAGAGACACCAUGUUGAAUUAAAACAUCCUUUGCAUCCGUAGCUGGCCUCAAGAACAUGAAUGGGUGCAUUUAUUUCAUCUCUGAUCAAAUACACUCCGUUUUGAACAAAUUUUCUUUUUUGUCUCGACAUGCGGCGACAAGGCUUGCUUCUCUGAGCAGGCCUUGGUGGUGACUUAAAUGCCAUUACUUAGACUGAGGCCUCCAGCCUUUUUUGCCCACGGGGAUGGUGCUAAUCUAAGGACAGUGCUACUGGGCAUGGUCCGAGACCAUGCUAAGCAACAGGCCUAGCCUUUGCCCACAAGGUCACACAAGCAGUAACACCAGAAAAGCUGUGCUAUACUAUAGACAGGGUGGGAGCGGUCCUUGUUAUGUGGGGGUCUUCUCAUCGCACUGCUUGUGUACAUAGGCGUAUCCCAUUCACUGUUCAUUUUCGUCUUGGUAGCAUGGAAACUUCAUUGUCCUUGAUAUAUAGCAUAUGCAUGCGAGCAAAAGAGAUAUUGUGUACACCUAUAUUUUUAUGCAAACACACACACACUUUACUGUUCUGUGCCAUAUUGUUUUCUUUUGUAACAGGUUUAUAUGAUUGCAAGUGUACUCUUUAUCAUAUCAUUGUUUUCAGUUUAUGUAUGUGCUUUUCUUAAAUUUUAGAGUUGUUUCAAGAUGCUCUUGUGAAAUCUGUGAAGUUGUUGCUGUCACAGGGAAGGGAGGUUUGUUGCUUUCUACAUUUCAAUGUCCCGCAUGAGUGCACUUAUUUUUCUGGGCGCCCAAAGAGCAGCAGCACACCUAAUGGCAGGAUUCCAUCCUUUAUUCAGUCCAGCUGUCCACGGCUGCGUUUUGCCUGGCGUGAAAGGGAAGCUCGAAAUGGGACCAAGUUUUGUCCUAGCCUGAUGCAACCUGAUUUGGCCGAGGAACAGGGUCGUCCCAGUGUGGCACCUAUUCAGGGGAAAAACAGUCGUCCAUUCUUCCUGGGAAUCAAAACGUCCAAAUCAAAAGCCUCACUAGCAGUGUGUACUUCGUGGCACCGUUUGAUCCGCUUUUGGCCCCUCGCAUCCACAGGAUUUGAGGCUACUUGGGCCUCGUGCCAGUCAAAGUAGUCUCGAAAAUGUCAGCGGACGAGUCCAGAUCAAGUAUAAGAAAUGGAAAACCAAGCAACAUCAGUGAAACAGUGCCUUUUUUUGUAAUAUGCAGGAAGUCUUUGUCAUCGCUACGCCUGGCUAACCCCCAUUGUUGCAGAUUUCCUUCACUACACAGUAGCAGGCUUUAUUGAGUUCUCCUCCUUUGGGUAUAUGUGUGUGCACGUCUGGCUUGCAUGUUUUGUCUCGGAGCCUGUUCAAAGAAGUGAGCAGGCAGUAGUUUGGCUGUUGGGCUCAUAGGCCAGUGAGGAAAACUCGUCAUAUACCUGUACAGUCCCCUCGACUCUUUGCUAUAAUGUGGUUGUCGGUGCUGUUUUGCUGGGUCAGAGGACUUCCUCGUAGCAUCCUCGGGCUGUUGUUGUACUACUUUUGUGGAGUGGUGUUCAAGGGGCCGCACUUUGGAUGGAGGACGCCACACAUAGGCGAGUGCCCUGCCACCGUGUGUUCAGGCUUCAUCACCUGGAAGGGCUGUCUAGUCGGGGCACAGGCUGCACUUCCCUUCUUCACGAUGCCCCUUGUCUGAGGCACACAACUUUCCUCUAACUUUAUUAGUUGAGUGUAAAAAAAGAAUGUGAUAUCUUUUUAUAUAUAUAUUAUAUAUAUAUUAUAUAUAUAUUAUAUCGACAUAUAUGAGAGAGAAAAGAAGAUGCAGUUAUGGCAUAGCAAUUUGUCGUCUACAAAUUCAACAUGCCGCCACCGCCGCCGCAGCCUCAGCAGCAGCCUUCGGAAAUGUUUCCUUGGUGCUUUGCCUCGGCAGGCCGUCUAGGAAGCGCUUGCGCCCCGUGCACUUUUUUGCUUGAUGAGUGAAUGUGUCCUCUGAUGCUGAUGAAUGUCCACUUUGUUGCAAGAGCAAGCUGGAAUGAGCCAGCAGCCAGACGCUUGCCUCUCUGCUUUGGGCAGCCACAACGAAGUUGGCCGAGGGCGUGCCGUCCUCCUUUUUUCCACUCCCUUGUGCUCCAGUGUAGUUUGCUGUUUUUCUCAUAGACAAAUAAAGUUGCCUUUGUAAUUGA